AUGCUCAUCCCCACUCUGCUCGCCUUGUCGGCGGCCACCGUCAACCUUGUGGCUGGUGCACCUGCUGGCCUACUGGGCCUCGAUCUUGGCCUCGACCUCAACCUUGGCCCCAUUGGUCUAGGUGUCGACGUCAAGGUCGACAUUCCUGAUGGCACCAACGGCGCACCGGGCGGUUCCUUCCUGACCGUCCCCGUCUCUGCGCCGGCCGGCACACUCUAUGGCCUGAACCGCCUCACCACCGAAGCGUUCACGGGGAUCCCGUUUGCUCAGCCGCCUGUUGGUCAACUUCGCCUUGCUCCGCCCGUCCGCCUCACUACGCCGCUCAACAACUUUGAUGCGACGCAGCAGUCGGCCGCGUGCCCCCAGUUCCUUUCGUCAACCAAGCCCGAUGACCUUCCGAGCACCAUCGCCGACAUCGUCGUGAACAAGACCCCGUUCCUACAGCAAGCAUUGAAGGUCUCGGAGGACUGCCUCAACCUCAACAUCUUCCGCCCUGCCGGGACCAAGGCUGGCGACAACCUCCCUGUCCUCUUCUGGAUGUACGGCGGAGGCUUCGAGGUGGGUGAACGCUGGUUUGUGGCGGUCGUUGACAGCCCAUUCGUCGCAGCUACCGCAGCCUUUGGCAAGCCGCUCAUCCUCGUCGCCGUCAACUACCGAAUCGGUGGCUUUGGCUUCCUGGCCGGCAAGGAAAUCAAGGCCGCCGGUGCCUCCAACCUCGGCCUUCUGGACCAGCGCCUGGGCCUCGAGUGGGUGGCCGACAACAUUGUAGCCUUUGGUGGUGACCCCAGCAAGGUGACCAUUUGGGGAGAGUCGGCUGGUGCAAUCUCCGUCUUUAACCAGUUCGCACUCCUUGGUGGGGACUACCACUACAAGGGUCAACCGUUGUUCCGCGGAGGCAUCAUGAACUCGGGCAGCAUUGUCCCUGCCCAGCCCGUCGAUAGCCCCAAGGCUCAAGCCGUCUUUGACGCGGUUGUUGCCGAAACCUCGUGCAAAGGCAGCGCGGACGUCAUCAACUGCCUGCGUGCACUUCCCUACGAUCAGUAUCUCAACGCCGUCAACUCGAGGUCUGGUCUGUUUUCCUACACCUCCAUCGCCUUGGCUUACUUUCCACGUCCGGAUGGAAAGGUGCUUACAGACAGCCCAGAGGUCCUGGCAAAGUCUGGCCGUUUCGCACCGGUGCCGUUUAUCGUCGGCGACCAGGAGGACGAGGGGACACUCUUUUCCCUCUUCCAGCAGAAUACCACGGGCAGUACCGACGCUCUCGCCAACUACCUAAACACCGUGACCUUCCCUGGUGCCAGCCGGGAAUUGGCCACCCAGCUGGUCAACCUCUACCCCGAGGACCCUGCCGCUGGCUCUCCCUUCAGGACUGGAAUUCUCAACGAGUGGUAUCCAGGCUUCAAACGCCUGGCCGCGAUCCUCGGGGACGCAACUUUUACCCUGCUCCGCCGCAUCUUCCUCAAGUACGCCAUCGCUGCCCACCCCGACGUGCCUGCCUGGUCCUACCUAGCCAGUUACGCCUAUCUUACCCCGAUUCUGGGAACCUUUCACACCGCCGACGUCUUGGUGGUGUACAAUGGCAUCCCGCCUAGCUACGCCUCUGUCGGCAUUCAGAAGUACUACGCCAACUUUGUGUACAAUCUGGACCCGAACAAUGCAGCGGGGGGCAAAUCGACAGCAAGCAAGGUGGCCGACAACUGGCCUCGUUGGGACGCUGUCAACAAGCCCCUACUGCAGUUCAACCUGCUCAACUUUGCGGGUCUCAAGGACGACUUCCGUCAGGCCGCAGCCGAUUUAUUCGAGGCCAAUCUUACUCCCCUGCGCGCUUAA